GUGUAAAAUUUUGUGAUAGAUUAGUACUUACAAAAUGCCUCAAGGCUUACCAGCCGUUCUGGAGGAGUGGAAAUGUCUGGAAGAAGAGUAUCAACAACUUCAGGAGACACACAGAAAGUACUUACAGAAACUGGAUGAAAUUUCCAAACUGCAAAACAGCUGCUCUUCCUCCAUUUCCAUACAGCGCAAAAGAUUAAAGGACGUAUCUCGCCAAGUGAAAAAAUGCACCACAGGAUCAUCAGAAGAAGAUGCUAAGACCUUGGAUGACAUAAAAGAGAAAAUAAAGACGCGACCAAAUGCUUUCUUUGAAAUGGAGGCUUUCCUUCCCAAGAAAAAUGGGCUGUACCUCAGUCUGGUUCUGGGAAAUGUGAAUGUCACUCUACUCAGCAAGCAGUCAAAAUUUGCCUACAAAGAUGAAUAUGAGAAGUUCAAGCUGUACCUCACAAUCUUCCUGCUGCUGUUCUCCUUCAUUUGCUAUUUCUUUGUGAGCUACAGAUUUCUUGAUGCAAUCUUCAAUUUCCUGCUGGUGUGGUACUAUUGUACAUUAACUAUCAGGGAAAGCAUCCUCAUUGCCAACGGCUCCAGAAUCAAAGGCUGGUGGGUUUCUCAUCACUACGUCUCAGCUUUUCUGUCCGGUGUAAUGCUGACAUGGCCAGAUGGGAACCUGUACAAGACAUUCAGGAACCAGUUCCUUGCUUACUUCUUGUACCAAAGUUUUGUUCAGUGUCUGCAGUGCUAUUAUCAGAGCGGGUGUCUGUACAGACUGCGAGCUCUGGGAGAAAGACACAACAUGGAUCUGACCGUGGAGGGAUUUCAGUCGUGGAUGUGGAAAGGGCUGACGUUUCUUUUGCCCUUCCUCUUUUUUGGUCAUUUCUGGCAGCUCUUCAAUAGCCUCUCUCUCUUCAAAAUGGCUCAGCUCCCAGACUGUAAAGAAUGGCAGGUCCUGAUGUGUGGUCUCUGCUUCCUUAUUCUGUUCAUGGGAAACUUCUUCACUACUGUCGCCGUGGUCCGCCAGAAGCUGAAGAGCAGGAAUCAGAAACUAAAGAAUAUGUGAUAUAUACUAAUAAAUGAAAAAAAAACAACAUC